AUGGGUCUUUGUCAAGUCGGCGAAUCGUACGAGAACGAUGGCAACUUCACUCAGAUCAGCCUUGUCGACAAACAAAAGGGCGGUGAUGUCCUGCGUCUGGAGAACUUCCGCUGCAGCCACCCCUACGACGAGCACUUCGUCCUCGACAGCAACCGUAUAUUUCGUAUGAUCUACUCAACGGGAAACGCAAGCCAGAUCCUGUCUCGCUUGGAGAUGCGUGGGUUGUAUGACGAAGACGGCUCCUACAUCUGCACUAUCUGUGACCUCAACGGCAACGACCCAGCGUUUGGCACUGCCCUGGUUUUUACUGCCACUCCUGUUGACCAGGCCAUCAUCGUCAACUGCAAGAUUGUGGUCCCCGGACCAGUCCGCAAGCAGUACAUCUACUCACCCAACACCAUCCCCAUCCAAGAGCAAGCCAAGGGCCUUGUCGACCUCGCAAAGUCGGCGACCCAAUGGGCUUCCACUGUCCACGACAAAUGCUCUCUGUGGUGCAAGAGCGUAGUCUACUACCUCCACAUGGGCGACUUCCGCGACAAACGCAUCCACAACGGCACCAACCUCACCGGCGAUCACACCCUGCUCGCCUCGGAAUUCGUCCCGCUCAGCAACUACCGCGUCCUCCCCAUCACCAUCGGCAAGAUCUAUGACUCCGCCAUGGCCGAUGGCGCCCACGAAACCAACAUUUAG